GGCACUCACACACAUGUGCAGUAACUCUCGGUAACACCACAUGCCCCGAGAGUUUGUUGUAGAGCCAACAUUUCAAGUGUCUGCAAUAAGCUCCGAUCAAAUUUGAAGUCUGAGGAUGUCUUUUCGAGGGGGUGGUGGACGAGGUGGUCGAGGUGGUGGUGGUGGAUUUAACCGUGGCGGAAGAGGAGGAUUCGGUGGUGGACGAGGAGGAUUCGGUGGCCGAGGAGGGGGAAGAGGCGGCUUCAACAGACAGCAAGAUUAUGGUCCCCCUGAAUACGUUGUCGGUCUAGGAGAGUUUGUGCAUCCUUGUGAGGAUGACAUUGUGUGUAAAUGCACAACCGAAGAAAGCAAAGUACCUUACUUCAACGCCCCAGUCUAUCUGGAAAACAAAGAGCAGAUUGGAAAAGUGGAUGAAAUAUUUGGAAAUCUGCGGGAUUUUUAUUUUUCUGUCAAGCUAUCAGAAAACAUGAAGGCAUCAUCGUUUAAGAAACUACAGAAGUUCUACAUAGACCCUGCAAAGCUUUUGCCCCUACAGAGGUUUCUCCCGCGACCACCAGGGGAGAAGGGUCCCCCCAGGGGAGGCAGAGGUGGUAGAGGAGGAGGCCGUGGAGGUGGCUUCCGUGGAGGACGGGGUGGAGGAUUUGGUGGAGGCCGUGGUGGAGGAGGAUUCAGAGGCGGCAGCGGUGGAGGUUUUCGAGGAGGCAGAGGAGGUAGCGGUGGAGGAUUCAGAGGAGGUAGCGGUGGAGGAUUUAGAGGAAGAGGAGGCGGCGGUGGAUUCAGAGGAGGGAGAUCAUGAUGAUGAUGAUGCAGCAGAUGCAGACUUGAUCAGCCAGCACCACUGGAAGCACAGGAGGGGAGAUGGAGCAAAGAGGCUGUUGAGCUUCCUCUCUGUUGGACUUGUUUUUAAACGAGACAGCGGCCCUCUACCUUUUGGACCAUUGGCCUGCAUUGUUAUUUUUUUUUAUUAUUAUUCAUUUUUUUGUGCUGUAUAAUGUGUCCAUUUCCCGCCACAGUCUCCCAGCUAUCAGUCUAUGAUCGUAGUCCCUGGUCAGUGAUGCAUUUUCUUUGGAAACCCCACAGACAAGAGUGAGGCUUAAAGGUAUCAACAAGUGAAGGAAUGUGUCAUUGUUAGAAGAUCCUUUUGUAUGUACAGUGAUACACACAUAGUCCAUAAAAUGACAAACAUAAAAUGAUGUCAGACUUAGAGGCAUUGUAAUUUAAAUUCCGAUUACACAUUUGGUUUGGAAGGCUUUGUACAUGUCAAACACUGGUAACAUCCAGUCAAUUAAUCCAUUGUGUGCCUGCUGUUGACAUCAAAGAGCAAUGAAUAUUUUUGUACAGGUUUGAUGUUCUGCCAGUGUGUUACACUCUUAUCUCAAAUUAAUUAAAACAAAAGUGGUUGGUAACCAGCUCCUAUUCAAAAAAAGUACUUGUGCCUGCUGCAUUCAUCAGAUGUGCUUUCACUGAGAUGCUGCUUUUAACAGAAAAUACAAGUCUUUCACUGUCUUUAACCUGUAGGUUCUCUGUCCCAGCACCUCAUGAAGUGCGGAAUUUGUUUUGGGAGAAUCUGCCAUUAGAUAAACUGGAAAACUCUUUUUGGUCUUGGAUAAGAGUGGUGUGCAGAGCUCUGGAGUACACCUGUUCCAUCAAUGUGAUCACUGUACUUGUGUACUGCCAUUAUGAAUAUCCAAUAACGAAUGCUAUUUUGAAUUGCCAUUAUGAAUACCCAAUAAGCUGUUGUUGAACCACCA